CACAGUAUGAAAUAUAUUUGGACUAAUUACACACCAGAUUUAGUCAAUAACUAAAUUAACUAUUUUUUGUACUUUGUUUUCCAGACUAAGAAUCUAAAUGAGAAUAGGAUCUUACGCGGAAUGUCUGGUGUUGUUUUAGCCAAGUAGUCGCUAAAAUUGUUGCCGGUAUGCCAUUGUUGCUAGCAAAUCACCAGACGAGUAUUGUUGCUACUCAAGUGGCUUACGGAAUGUUACUGGAUUACAAUAAUCUUUACGUGAUGAAUAGAAUAAAUGCUGAUGACGAGCACUGCCGUAAAUAUUCCAAUGAUUUGUCGGCGUGUAGGGCGAUGGACGAGGCGAAAAUGUGCUUUCCGGCCGACAAUGAGCCAAAGUCGCAUGCGGCUGCGGAGAUAUUUUCAUAUCAACAACACUGUGACUCAUACUACUACAACCCACCACGAAAACAAUUGCUCCAACAGCAACAGCUGUCAACACAAAGUGCCGGUGCCGGUAGUAGUCCAACACCGUUGCAGCAUUUAAAUAAUAUUUUUGGCUUAAAAGUUCCUACAGCAACGCCCGCCUCGCUAAGGCUAUCAACAGCCGAUAUGCUUGAUGCGAGUAAUUUUCAGUAUUUGACCGCUGCUAUGCAGUCCGAACGAGAACAAUACGAAAGGCUAUGUCGCGACUUCUAUGGUGAGAAGGUGCCACAGGUCGCAAAUUGCAAUUCUGAAGAGCUUCCACAGCAACAUAAACAGCAGCACCACCAUCCACUACACAAAUCCCUGCUGUCAAUGUGUACAACUGACGUCAUGGCUGCUGGCCUGCCGAAUCAAUUGAUACAAGCGCCAGCCGCGGCGGCUAUGUCGUCCAAAACUGGGACAAAAAGGAGAACAAAAGAUUCGGUGCUUUCUGCGUUGAUAUUUGAAGGCGAUACAAAUAAUUCAUCAAUGAAUAUAAUUCCGCGGCACGCAGCUCUAUUAGCAGCAUCGUCGACUGGUAAUGAAAUAAGACACGCUACUCCGAAAUUGCCCGCAGCGACAACAAACGCGGCCACAAUAGCCACCGCAGCAGCCAACAAAGCCAGAAACAGAGUCAGAGCCAAGAGUGCGCUAGCGGUAGCCGAAAAGCCAGAAAUGGUAGCAGUAGAGGCGGCAUUGACGAUACAGCCGACAGCGAUUUCCAGUCAAAAUGAGCGAACCAUAAGUGGCAUGCAAAACUUUAAUGAUAUCAGUCGUUUGACUCGAUCGCCAUCGCCCCUGCAAUAUGCUGCCUCUGAUUGUGGGGAUAAUAAUUCGGCGACAGGGAAUUCAAGCGAUCGUUGUUUGUCCCCCCAAAGUCCGACAGCAUUUGCCACGCCACACGAAGAACACCAACAACAUCAUCAACUGCCCACUCUCAAGUCUCACUUGUUGGAUGUUUUGCACCGCUCUGACAAUGCGCAGGAGGGAAAAUUCUCCGCCGCACAAGAUGUUGAGCCUAUGAGAGACAUAGAGUCAGGUGCGCUCAAUUUGACCAGUGAAAGUUCUCGACAAAGCUUACAAUCGCCAUCGCCGUCUUUGAAGUCGUUGCGCGCCAGUCGUACGUCACCAGCAAUAACAACCGGUGAUUCUGCGGCUGUGCCCCUCUCUAACAACACAUAUCCCAUGCCAAACUUCUCAACACAACAGGCCCAAUUGGCUGCGGCGGCGAGCGCAAGCCUAAGCCUAGGCAGUCCGCUAUUUUCCCUCCCGCUCAGCACAUCGAUUUCCCCGCAAGACUUCACCCAGUUCCAGCAAGCGUUGCAACAACAGCAGACCGCUUUGCAUCAGCAGUUCCAAAAUUAUAUCGAUAUAUUGCGCAGCGGUGCGUUAGGGAUACCGCCCGAUGAUCCAAGCAUGGCCACUCAAGUCGCCGCAGCACAGUUCCUAUUUCACAGUCGCAUUCAAGCGCUCACACAAGCCACGCAACAGUUACAAUCACUGCAGAAGCAGCAGGAGCUGCAAAAACAGCCGCAUCUCCAUGCAUCACAACAACAACCAUUAGAAGAAACGCCGAAAUCUCGCAGUAUGCACACUUCUACGCCCACUCACACGCCCUUACAUAGUCCGGCAUCAUCGCCGUUGCCACUCCACACGAAUUUCAAUACCAGCACCCACAGUCAAAUAACGCCGCCCAAUCCAGGCACUAGCCUCAAGGUCAGCGGGAUACUUACACCGAACACUAUCAGUGGAGCCCCACAAACUCCCCAAAUGCUAAAACAUGCUGCUGGUGCGGCUCAGCGUUUAGGCGGUGAACCGUCGCCGGAGGAGACUACCGAUCUUGAGGAGCUGGAGCAGUUCGCCAAGACAUUCAAGCAACGACGCAUAAAGUUGGGCUUCACGCAAGGCGAUGUUGGCUUAGCCAUGGGCAAAUUGUACGGAAAUGAUUUCUCGCAGACGACGAUAUCGCGUUUUGAAGCAUUGAAUCUGAGCUUUAAGAAUAUGUGUAAGCUGAAGCCGCUGCUACAGAAAUGGCUGGAAGACGCAGAUCGUACGAUACAGGCGACCGGAGGAGUUUUCGAUCCUGCUGCCCUGCAAACAGUGAGUACACCGGAAGUUAUGGGUCGGCGGCGAAAAAAGCGUACGUCUAUUGAAACCUCAAUACGGGGAGCGCUAGAGAAAGCCUUCAUGAUGAAUCAGAAGCCGACAAGUGAAGAAAUCAGCCAACUGGCCGAUCGUCUAUGCAUGGAGAAAGAAGUGGUACGCGUUUGGUUUUGCAACCGACGACAGAAGGAGAAACGUAUCAACCCCUCAAUGGACAGUCCGACCGGUGACAAUGGCAGUGAAUCGCCCUACAUGAUGAUGAUGCACUAAAACACCCCUUCAAAUAGAGCAAAUGAAACAAAGUAAGAAUAUAACUAUUAAGUGUUUAAUUA